GCACAUUCAACCAACAGCAGCCUUCGAGGAAGCAACACACAGCAGUCAUCACAUUUGACAGACAAUACAUACAAUGUCGCAAAUGCACAAUACCGCAUUCUACAAGGACGCUCUGGUUGCCCAGCAAAAUAAUACCUGUUCACCGAUGGAGGAAAUUGAACCGAACUACAUCGACAACCUGCACAUUAUAUUUUUCGAGCAGAUUUUCGAAGAGAUCGACAAUCUGAUCGAUCAGGUACGCAUGGCUAGGGCCUAUCCACAGUUCAUGCCACAGAUUCUCAAGUUCUGGCAGAGGCGACUGCACCUGAUCAUCGGUCCAAAUACACCAUUCCUUGGACUCCUGGACAUCGAUGACUAUGUCUUCUUUAUGGAACACAUGGCUGAUAGCUUCACGGAUCUGCACGUUCACGACGGCGUUGGUUCCUUUUCUGAAUUCUACGACUAUAUCACACACCUGUGCGAUAUCAAUAUCACCAAGUUUCCCAAGGUGGACACUUGCAUAUUGGCGGGCAAUCCCAACACAGUGGUCGAUGAGGACAUCCGCGACUUGACGGUAAUGUUGCCCAAUCUCAAGCGCCUAAUGACCUGCAUGAAUCUAUCUGGCUUAUAUAUGCGUGGCUUCAAGAAGUUGGAGGAGCUGGUAUUCAACUCCUUGUACCAUUCGGUGCCAUUGGAUAGCCGCUGGAUUCAGGAUAUCUGUCUGACAAUGACCAAUUUGAGAGUCCUUGACAUUACCGAUCAGUUCGACAGUUGUGUGAGACUCACAGACAUCAAAUUGCCCAAUCUGGAAGUGCUAAAAAUCAACUUGAGCACCGUAGAAUGCAUGCUAUCGGAGGUGCUGCAGUUGCCCAAGUUACAGAAACUAUCCGUGCGAUUCGAUGAUUCGCGGCAAUUGAACGCAGAUCAGGAGACCAUCUUCCAGCAGAUUGUGGUGGCCAAAAGCGAAAGGAUCACCCGAAUUGCCCUGAACAACGAAGUGGUUCAAUUGCCAGCUCGGUGGCAGCAAAGUUUGCUCCUCGAACUGCCCAAGCUGAGGAAGGUGAUAUGCGAGAAUUGGUGCCACAAUGAUUUCUUCCUGGAUCGCCAGCACAUGCCCUGCCAACAAAUGGAGGUGCUCAGCUUCAGUGGCUGGGAGAUUGUGCGGGAGACUCAGCUCCUGGAACUGGUCGCCGAGUGCGUCAAUCUGGAGCACUUGGCUCUGAACGGCUACCACAGCAACUGGGAGAAACUUACUAAGCUCGUGAAUAUUCGCAAUCAGGAAAGGAAUCCCAGACCACUGCAGGUGUUCAGCGACAUGAUGUGGGGCAACUUCACACCCGAGGAAUAUUAUCACUGGCAGAGCAACAAAUAUGUUCAGGUCACCUGUGACAGCAGCGAAUACGAAUAUCAGGAGGAUGGUUUCGAGUUUGAUUUUGAGUGAAUAACAGCUCAACAAUUUUACCAAUUGUAUAUACUCCUAAACAAAUAUUUUUUUUCAUGAAUUUUGUAAUUUUUUAUAUUUUCUAUUGUAUAUAAAUAAGACGCACUGGCUAAAUC